GCAUUCACUUGCUGCAGAUUACCUCAAGUAUCAGAGAGACACACAUCGCCUCUGCUUUUUCUCGUCUUGUUAACAGAUUUGAUAGUUUUCAACAAAAUGGAUGAAUCUGAUCCGAGACUUGUACAGUGGGUUGAAAGAUUUACAACCAUCUGCAUUGCUCACAGUUUGUCUCCACACAACACUGAAGAGCUUUUCCUCAAGAAGCUGCAAGGACUAGUCACAAACUUACAGUGGAGCCCAGAGGAUGUCACUAAGUUGUUCGAGGCUCUUCUGCAGCGAUUUGAAUCAGCAUCAACAAAUGGCAGAUCAGAUCUCCUCACAUGGAUGAUAGAAAUGUUGCACUGCAUAGAGAUCAAUUACAUCACAUCCAGUUCCAUGAAGACAGGCUCAGGAAGGACACUAAUGGAGCUGGUCCAGGACAAAACUAUAACAGAUGAAAAGGUCAAGGAACGCUUAACUUAUGAAACAGACAAGACACUGGAUGAAAUUCUUGAAGAAAUACGUCAAGAAAAGUUAAACCAAGUUGAUGAAGAACUGUUGUCUGAUGUAAGAGAUAUUGUCUCAUGUGUGCAUGAACAAAAAACUGUGCAGAAAGACAGAUCAGAGUGGAGUGAACUGAAAACAAUGUUGAAGAAGCUGUGUUGGGCAGUGGAGCAAACAGCUAAAUAUAAACCACGACUGACGCAGAUGGUGAGCUGGUGUCUUCUGGCUCUUUCCAAAACCGGGCGGUUAAUUCAGGUUGGCACUGGAGAGGGGAAGUCAUGCAUCGUGGCAAUGUUUGCAGCUUAUCGAGCUCUGAGAGGAGAAAAAGUAGACAUCAUGUCGAGCUCACCAGUUCUGGCAGAGAGAGAUUUAAAAGACUGGAGAAACUUUUAUAAAAAGUUGGGUAUCAGUGUAGACUGCAACACCAACAAACUAGAGUUAAUUUUUAGUCAAGACUCCAAGUGUUAUAAGCAUCAAGUUGUUUAUGGUACUGUGGACCAGUUUGCUGGAGACUGGCUUCGGCAGCACUUUAACAGGACGGACACAUUUGGGGAAAGGACAUUCCAGUGUGCAAUCGUGGAUGAAGUGGAUUCAUUGAUGCUGGACAAAGGUCAUCACACAGUGUAUUUAGGUAGUGACAUGCCUGCUUUGCAACAUCUCAACCCACUGUUGGCCUUCAUUUGGGCCACUGCUAAUCAGUACAGUAAGAUUGGUGCAGAGAAGACUGUGGGGCGUAAAUACCCCUUUCACCAAGUUGUGCUUGAAAACAUCAGAGGAACUGAUGAGCUCACUGUUCUUCAAAUAGCUGAGGACACAGGUGUACUGGCAAAGGGCUCUGUCAAGGACCUGAGAAGGAACCCAAACCAUUUUACUGCAAGAACUGCAGGACUUUGUGCGAACCAGUUGGCUGAGUUCUUCAAGGCAAUAGAGAGGAGAUUUCCAUCUCACCACUUUGACCUCUACUGCUUAAACAGCAAUGGAGCACUGCAGGAACUGAACAAAGCAUCACAAAGGGACACUGAGGAAAGACAGAGGGUGUCAUUGCUGUUAAUCAACGGUGGCUGUUGUCAGUACAUCUACUCUGAUGGAAACAGUGUGCUGAGCGCUGCAGAAGCAGAAGUAAAGCGUGCUCUGCAUUUCACUCCAUGUGAAGUGAGCCAGGCUAAGAGUAGCUGCUACGUCCCGGGCUUCUUGUCAGAUCUGGUUGAAUCUAAACUUAAAGUCUGGAUUGCAAAUGCAUUCUCUGCUCAGACCAUGACAAAUGAUCAUGAAUACAGCAUUGAGACACAUGGAAUAGUGCCUGUGGACUACAGCUGCACAGGUGUCCUGGAAAACAACAUGAAAUGGACGGACGGACUUCAUCAGUUUCUUGAAAUGAAACACGAGGCAAAGCUGAGUGACAUGACAGCCAUCACAAACUUUAUGUCCAAUGUUGGCUUGCUUCAAAAGUAUGGAAAUCAGAUCUAUGGACUGUCUGGAACUCUUGGCCAACAAGCAGAGACUGAGACUUUACAGAGAAUCUAUGAAGGCAUCAAAACCUGUCAGAUACCUUCAUUUAAACGCAGAAAGCUGUUUGAGGUUGAAGGAGUGGUUGUAGAGGAUGAACAAGAAUGGAUGAAGAAGAUCUGUGAUGUUGUUACUGCACAAACCAGCCCAACGCCAUACAGGGGUCCAAGAGCUGUGUUGGUCAUCUGUGAGACCAUCAAACGAGCAAAAGCUGUCCAUCAUGCUCUGGGAGGUAACGUCCCAAACAAAAAACUUUACAUAAACAACAACAUUGACAAUAGUGAAAUCUUUGUCAAGAAGCUUGAAGCAGCAGAAGUCAUCAUUGCCACAAACCUUGCAGGUCGAGGAACAGACCUUAAGGUUUCUGACGAAGUCAGAACAGCUGGAGGUAUGUUUGUGGUGCAGACCUUUCUGCCCCAGAACGCCCGUGUGGAGGCCCAGGCCUUUGGUCGCACUGCCAGACAAGGAUCUCCUGGAUCUGCUCAGCUCAUUGUCUGUUGCAGUCAUCUUUCUGAGCCACUUCAGUUACUAGUUUUAACAAUGAAACGUCUAUCUCUUUUUGAAAAUAUACUAGAUGUCGCUUCAUUUCAUCAAAAUAUGUUUGUGAUGAAACUGAGGUUGUAUCAGAGAAGCCACAGUAAUGUUCAAGCUAAAGCAAUGACUUAUGCACUGCCACAAAUUUUGUCUAAAAAAUCCAAGUCAGAGAUACAGAUAGCCAAAGAGGUCAGAGACGAGUCAGUGGCUGAAGAAUUAUCCAGUUACUUAAAGUGUGUGAUCCCAGAAAUGAAGAAGAAGGCAGAUCUCUUCAAUCAGUACCUGGUCGUUCUGGAUGAGGUAUACAGCAUCAGCAACAACAAGCCAGCAGCUUCAGAAUUGUCUGCACUGAAUGAAUUCUGGGGUAUGUGGCUGCUCACAAGCUUCAAUGAGAAAGACUCUAUCACAGAUCUGAAAAGGAAACUGUGUACAGACCUCAGCAUCGCCAGGCAAAGACUCAGACAGAGAGAGUCCCCCUCAUCCAACAUGUACCACUACAUUGUCUUUGGCAACGACCUACGUGAAAAUGGAAAUCUUGCAGAGAGCAUCAGAAUGUACACUAAAGCCAUAAACGUGGACCACUGCUGGGCAGCAAUUGCCUACUACAACCGUGCUUUCACAUCUCUGAUCCAGCAAAACUCACAUCAGGAUCUGGACUGCAUCGAACGAGCUCUGGAAGAUUUGCAAAAUGCACUUCAGUCUGUUGAGCUUCACUGUGAACAGCUUGAUGUCACUCAGAGAUACUCCAAACCACAAACCAAGAACCUCUGCAGUGAUUUAAUCAACAGGUUUGACGGACACAUCUCGACCAGACGCAGAGUUUUGGUGGCUUUCAAGGAAAAUAUUAAAGAGGCCACAAAGCAGGUUGACAAGGCAAGAGCCAUGGGUGGGAAUGUAGAGGUGAAGGAGAAAACAGUCGAUUUUCUGGUUCCCUCUUUGGAUUUUCUGCAAUUGGUAACCCUUUCCAUGAAAUCAGUGCAUGCCAUUUAUUGCAGAGACAUUCUGAGGAUCCACCAGCUCACCAGCAGUUCCUCCUUGGACAUUCUUAAUGAACUCAACCAUCUUAAGUCUCUGGGCCUGACUCAUGUCUACAACUUAGAUGCAAGGUUCUCUCUGCGUGGCUUUUUCUCAAGGAUAGGUCGGUUUGUAGGUAGAGUUUUAAAUAGACGGAGGGUAUUUAGAGCCUGAGCAAAACAUUCAAGCAAACAAUGUUGUGAGGAAAACUUUUUCCCCAUAAACUAAAAAACACAGCACAGAUCAGACAUGCUGUGGGACUCUGAGUUAAUAGUUUUGGUUUGUUUGUAGUUAUGCUGUAAUUGUGUUGAAAUUCAUCACCUUUAGAAAUCAUUUCAAUACUAACUGAACUAAAAACACAUUCGCUCUCCACUGUUACAGACACAUUAAAGGGGAAUAUUCUUUUUACAUUUGUUAUCAGUUCAAAUGGCUAACAGAUAUAUACAUUAUGCAACAUACAGGGUUCUCCCCCACAUCAUGUGUUCAUUUUAUUGAAGUUUUUUACUUUAUUUUGAUGAAAGAUCUAUUCAAUUGGGUGUUUCUUUGAUUUAUAUAUAUGUAUAUGUAUAUAGUGGCGCUGUUUUCCCCUUUAUUUUUAACAUUAUUAAUUAAGCAUAAAAAUCAAUUUACUUAAGCCUUUGUUCUAACUGUAUUUAAACGACUACUGACGAGUUUCAGAAUUAAUUUAUCAUAAAACAAAAACCUUGAAAGGUAGAAGCAACAGACAGUACUUGUACACUGCACUAUAUGGUACAGCAUUUCUGUACAGUACAAUGUUAUGAACAAUGCCCCUCACUAUCAUAUGUAGAUAAAAGGUAUGUUUCAGUGAACACCUUCAGAGGGUACUGAAAUCAUAAUGUGUCAUGCCCUCCACCUCUGGCUCCGCCUAGUGGCAGCUCUUUCCCCCUCUCUUCCUCCUCCUCCUCCCUCCUGUCCUUUCUCUCCAGGUGGGCGUGAGCUGGCAGGUGUGUGAGGUGUGGACAGAUGCAGUGACUCAGCAGAUUACCUGAGUGCCUUCACCUGCGGCGGGGCGUGGUCAGCAAUCAUCUACUCACCUCUCCUCCCCAUAAAAGCUGACUUCAGACCACCACACGAUGCUGGACUGUAAACCACUACUCACUGGAUCCACCACCGCGCCUCUGACGAUCUGGAUUGUUCAUCAUCACCAUCUCCGCUGGACUUCUGGCCUCCCAAACGGUCUCCUGGAUCGUCCACACCUGGUCACUGCAUCUGUCCACCACCAUCAGCUUCCUUCACCUGCCACGUCGCCCACCUGUCAGCAAACUCUCAAAGUUAACCUCCUCUGUCAUUGUUAUUGUUAAAUAUCGAGGUUUUGUCUUUCCUGAUUAGUCUGGAUUCUUGUUUAUACCCUCCUGGUUUGGUGGUACCAAACUUAGGUUGUGUGUCUGCCAGCUAAAGUUAAAAUCUUUGAUCCUUGUUAAUUCCGUCUGCUUAAACGCAUUUAGUCCACUGCGCCUUUAGGUGUCAGUAUUGUGCUUUUAUGUUACCUUUGACCUAGUUUCUGCUUCCUGUAUUAUCUUGUAAAUAUUGUAAAUAAAAUCUUUAUUUUUGAAAUGUU